GCGUCCAUAAACCAUGUGAUGUAAAUUUAACCAAUGCGGAGCAGUGCGGUGAGUUCAAAGAGUGCCCAUUUACGUGCCCCUAGGUUACGUCACUACGACUCCCACUUCCGGACUCGGAGAUCGAGGAGCCGAACGAAGGAGGAAACGCCAAAACGACGUCGUGGAAUAUUUAUCCCCCCCUUUUUUUUCUUUUUUUUUUUUAACUCGUCCGGGAGCAGAAAGGGGGACGUCAUCAUGGGCAAAAGCUGCAAAGUGGUGGUAUGCGGCCAGGCUGCAGUUGGUAAAACUGCCGUGUUGGAGCAGCUGCUGUACGCCAAUCAUGUAGCAGGUUCCGAGCCCAUGGAGACCCUGGAGGACAUCUACAUCGGCUCCAUCGAGACCGACCGGGGUACUCGCGAGCAGGUGCGCUUCUACGACACCCGGGGACUCCGCGACGGCAUGGAGUUCUCCCGCCACUACUACAGCUUCGCCGACGGCUUCGUGCUGGUCUACAGCAUCGACAGCAAGGAGUCCUUCAAGCGCAUGGAGGCCCUCAAGAAGGACAUCGACCGGCACAGAGAUAAGAAGGAGGUGACCAUCGUGGUCCUGGGGAACAAGCUGGACAAGCAGGAGGAACGGCGCGUGGACGCCAACAUGGCGCAGAACUGGGCCAAGAACGAGAAGGUGCGCCUGUGGGAGCUGUCUGUGGCCGACCGCCGCACGCUCAUCGAGCCCUUCGUGUACCUGGCCAGCAAAAUGACGCAGCCGCAGAGCAAGUCCACCUUCCCGCUCAGCCGCAACAAGAACAAGGGCAGCGGACCCACGGACGGCUGAAGCACCCACGGGCAAAAACGCAACGUACGCAGUCCGGGGCGGAGAAAAGAUUUCCCCUCUUCUUCUUUUUUUCGGAUAUUUAUCACACUUGAAGCAAAUGUUUCGGAUCGUCAGGCUAAUUUAAAAAUCUACCAGGUCCAGCUCAAUAAGUUAGAAGUGUCAAAAGACUAAUUUAGUGAAGUAGUUCCAUUCAAAAAGUCAAACUCAGACAUGCACUGCACACACGUAAAUUCACCCUCUCUAAAAACUAGAAUAUGUAAUAAACAUUCAAGAACCAAUGAAAAUGUUUUUUUUUUUAUGUAGUAGAAAUUAGGUAGGAAUUUGCCCCCUGAAAAAUUAUUGUUUAAUGACUCUAUAUUAUGUAUGAGUACUGAAAUACAUAAACCUUUCUACCAUAUUCAAGUUUGAGAUGUACCUGUAAAUAUCUGUGUUGGGAAUUUAUCUGAUGAUCGAAGCACUAUCAGAAGCCCUAAGCUACUUUUACAACCUUCAUUUGUGCCUUGACAUUGUAUUAUUUCUUCCCAAUAGUCCAUACUCUUCAUUUCGUAGCAUUUCUCUUGGCUGCACUGCUUUCAGUAAAUGUUAGAUUUUUUUUUUGGUCCAAUGAGAUUUUAGCAUCUAUCUGUUGCCAUGUCAAUCUAGUCUGCCCAUGGCCUUCAGAAUCAGUCGUGCUGGGUGAAACGAAACAGUGGUACCUUGAUUUACAAGUGCCCCAAAUUGUGAGUUUUUCCAGCUUCAGACACAAGCCCCAUGAUGACAGCUACUGCCAUCACUCACUAGGACACGCCCCUUAAAGGCACACAACACCAAUGUAGUGCGGCAGUGUGUGUUUGUGAGACUUAAUUGCAAUUUAUAAAACUGGUUUAUUUCUUCAUAUUCUCUUUUUUUUUAUGUGGAACAAAUUAAACGUUUUAAGUCAAGGUACCACUGUAUUUGCUAUUGGACAGUUUCUUUAGCCAAUCACAUUUUAAAAUGCGUGGUCCUCGAUGACAUCAGAAUUUUUCCGUGCUCUGAUUGGUUGAUCACAGCAAAAUCUUUUCCAGCCAACUUUGACUCGCAAAAAAACGUCAGUAGCGAUCUGCACACGUCAAUACAUUUGAUAAUCAGCAUUUCUGGUUUUUAUGUAAUUUUUGUUACAUUUUUUAAAUUAAUAUUGAUUGUGAAAUGCUCCAGAUUGAUGUACGUGGCACCGUUGCAGGCUGUUUUAUUGUUUUUUUUAUAUUAUUGAUGGUAACUGCGAUGUGAAAGUGGUGAUUUAUGAUAACUGUGCAGGAAAAAAAAAAAAAUUGAAGUCAAGAAGGGGCCCAAAUGUUUUUCACGUCACUAUAUUUGCGUUAGCGUUCAGACUGUUAAUCAUGUCCCUUUAACGGCCAUUCUUCAUUUUCGAGCCAUCGUAGCACACGUGCUGUUGAUGGUGUGUGCCUGUACGGUAAAUGUCGUCGGGGAGAUUUGUUACACUGCUUAUCUUCAUUUACUGUUAAAUGACUCAAUCAUUAUGGACAAUUCACAAAAGCUAAAGGAGUAACAAUGUUAAAUAAGAAGGCCAGCGCAUACUUCCGAAGGACCAUGUAGAAUAACAUUGUCAUUACACCUUCGUAUGGCCCUGUACACGUGUAUCCAUGUCUAUCGGCUCAAUUGGGCAGCUUUUUUUCAGGGAUCAAUUGUUUGCUUGAAAUGUGUUUUUGUUGUUGAAAAUAGUCCCACCUUGAAAAUUGAGUGUGUGUUAAUAUAAAUGGUAUUUGUUCGGAAAUUCAAUAAAGUAUUUGUGCCUAAA